GUGAUGUUUCCACCAUCAUCAAGUCUCUCAGCCUUUUAGUCUACACUCUACAGUCUUCUUCUUCUUCUACCAGCUCCUCCAUAAAUCACCCACAAACAUCAACAAAAAUGGCAGUUAAUCCAUCCAUUCUCUUAACCAUGUUCCCUCUCUUUCUCUUCUUGAGCCUUACCAACGCUGCGAUCCCCGGCGUCUACUCCGGUGGCUCUUGGCAAACCGCUCACGCCACUUUCUACGGUGGCGACGACGCUUCAGGAACCAUGGGUGGUGCAUGCGGUUACGGGAAUUUGUAUAGCCAAGGAUACGGCACUAACACGGCGGCCCUGAGCACGGCGCUUUUCAACAGUGGCUUAACCUGUGGCGCAUGCUUUGAAAUCAAAUGUGUCAAUGAUCCUAAAUGGUGUCAUUCAGGCAGUCCUUCUGUCCUUGUAACCGCAACAAAUUUUUGUCCUCCCAAUUUAGCUCAGCCUAGCGACAAUGGUGGCUGGUGCAAUCCACCACGCGCUCACUUCGACCUGGCCAUGCCAGUUUUCCUCAAGAUCGCCGAGUAUCGUGCCGGCAUUGUCCCUAUUUCAUACCGCAGGGUGGCAUGUAGGAAGAGUGGAGGGAUAAGGUUUACGAUCAACGGCCACCGUUACUUCAACUUGGUGCUGAUCACGAACGUGGCUGGAGCAGGAGACAUCGUGAGGACGAGCGUGAAAGGAUCGAAGACUGGUUGGAUGGGUUUGACUAGGAACUGGGGACAGAACUGGCAGUCUAAUACUGUUCUCGUUGGUCAGUCACUUUCUUUCCGUGUGACAACCAGUGACCGUAGAACCUCUACUUCAUGGAACAUCGUACCUUCAAACUGGCAGUUUGGACAAACCUUUGUCGGAAAAAACUUCAGAGUCUAAAGUGAAUUUGGAGAAAAUUGAAGAAGCUCCUCUACCCAAUUCGAAAUCUAUAACUUUGUAUUUUCUGUUAUGUAUUUUUAUAUUGUGAUCUGAAGUGGCUGUUGGAGAAAAAUGUAAACAGCCCGCAGCGCUUAAAUUACGUUAAGUUUGCUUGUAAUGUCGAAUUACAUUAUAUGCUAUAUAGAAUUAAACUUGUUCUGUUUUCAUUUUUCAA